GUCACCGGAAACAGGUUGGCGACAAAUAUGGCGCAGAUGUAGACAACACUGUAGUACUUGAAGUCGAAAUGAGCAAAACAAUGCUAUUAUAAAAAAAUAUUCGCUGUAUUUUACAUUUAAAACUCAGUUAAAACGACAUUCUUCAUAUCCAGUUGUGUGUAAUGGCGGGCGUCAUGGAAACAGAAGAGCAGGCGAAGAAUCGUUUCCAGUCGGAACUGGAGUUUGUUCAGUGCCUGGCCAACCCGAAUUAUCUGAACUUUUUGGCUCAGAGAGGCUACUUGCGAGAAAAACCUUUUGUGAAUUACCUGAAGUAUUUGCUUUACUGGAAAGAACCAGAAUAUGCCAAAUUCCUCAAAUAUCCUCAUUGCCUGCACAUGUUGGAGCUGUUGCAGUACGAGCAUUUCCGGAAGGAGCUGGUGAAUGCCCAGUGUGCCAAGUUCAUAGACGAGCAGCAGAUCCUGCACUGGCAGCACUACUCACGCAAGCGCACACGUCUUCAGCAGGCUCUCGCCGAGCAGCAGCAGCAGCAGCAGCAACAGACGGCUCCACAUGGCAACGCCGCGUCCAAAUGAAGCAGAAACUGUCACACACCGGCUAGUGAGGCAUAUGUACACUACGCCUCAAGUCAUGCUCUCGGGAAAUGAGUGUAAAUAUUGUACAAUUGUAGGUAUUUUUUUUCUGUGUGGUAACACUGAAAGUUGGUCUAAGAGACUGUAGAGUUUUGCGGUUAGGAGUACUAGACUGAAAUGCAGUAGACCCAUGAUGUCAUGAUGACGAUAAAAGUUAAAAGCUUAUACAUUACAUGUUUAGUUCCAAUUGAAUGAAACAUUUUCUAUCCCCGGUGUGUUCAUGCAUAUCUUAUAAAUGCCAGUAAGUCUGGUAAACUCUGAUUACAUAACACCAAACCCUGGGGAAAUUUCUUUUUUCCCCCAUUUUUUAACUUUAGAUCAAUUCAGAUAUUGUCGCUUGAGUCACUGGUCUUUCUUUAUAAACUUCACAUUAGAUGAAUAACUGAUGUUGGAUCUGUUCAAGGGCGUGAAAGCGUGAAACACAAAAUAGCACUGUAACUGAGCAAUGUCAUGUCAAAGUGGCUUUAUUUUCAAGCGUCACCACCUGUUUUUCUUAUUCAUGACACAAAAUAAAGACUUUUGUAUGA